AUGGCAGAGCCUCGCACACCUCUCAAUCCAGCAGUGGCGAAUGCCAUGAACGCUCUUACAACCAGCAUCGUCCGUGAUAAUCUCCAUGCAGCAAAUGCUCUUCCGAAAACUACACCCAAAACAACCCCGGCAUCAGGAAAGAAGCGCAAAGCCUCAGAAACAUCCCUAGAAGAACAAAUCGAAGCAUACAAAGCUGAUCUCAACGACGUCCAUCCGACAUCCUACUUCGAAGAUGAUCCCCUUCCUAGCUGUGCUUCCAUUCGUACAAAGUUGAACAAGCUUUUCGAUUCAGGCAUAAUGACCAAGGCGGAGUUCAGCAGGGCUACUGGUGCCAAUUCAAACUCUUUGAACAACUUCCUCAAAGCCAAGGGUCCGUACGGUGGUUCUGGAAGUACUGUUUGGAGAAAUGCGUACGAUUGGUUCAAGCAACGAGAAGUCGCUGGUCUGAAAAUGCCUGAUCCUAAGAAAAGUCAAGCAAAAAAGCAAAAGAACGCAGACGGAACACCCUCAUCAGGCAAGACCACUGGUCCAGAUCUUCCCGAUAUCAGCGACAUCCAUCUCCCCGAUGAAGAAACAGAUGAAGUACCCAUCUACGACGACUGUGAUGAAAUCCGUCGUAAAAUCAACGCACAUAUGACAACGCCCGGUCUAUCACAAGCACAGUUUUGCAGAAACAUGUACGCUUCGUUUAAGGUUCCUAAAGGAAAGGGCAUCCAGUCGAAGCAGUUGUCAGAUUUUCGUGGUGCCAAGGGUGCGAAUGCGGGGGCUAAGAGUGCGGUUUAUUAUGGUGCUCAGCCUUUGGUGGCCGAUGAGACAACCCAACCUGACGACGACUCCCUAUACGUGGAGGAUGUCCAAUCGUCGACCCAAAGCAUAAGCAGCAGCAUCCUCCAAUACCGACAAGAGAAUGGUAGAACCUACCACGGAUACAAGGAUGGAAAGUAUAAUGUUCCCAACGACGAACAAGAGAACGAAAGACUAGAUGCCGAUGUCAAGAAUGUCCUUGAUAUAGGCACCGGAACAGGAAUUUGGACCAUCGACUUUGCGGAUGAACAUCCCGGAGCUGAGGUUAUCGGCGUCGAUCUGUCUCCCAGUCAGCCCAGUUUUGUUCCGCCAAAUGUACGAUUCAUCAUCGACGAUAUUGAAGAAGAGUGGCAGUAUUCCACUCGCUUCGACUACAUUCAUAGCCGAAUGAUGAAUUCAAGCGUAGCAGACUGGUCAAACUAUGCGGCCAAAAUCUACGAGUACACACCACCUACCACCAGCCCAGAACCUUCUGAACUAACCUUCUCCAGCAACCUCGAGCCUGGCGGCUAUGUAGAACUCCAAGAGAUCGACGUUUUUGCAACCUCCGACGACGGCACUUUAACAAAGUCCCACGCUCUCCAUCGCUGGGCGCAACUCCUCCAGGACGCAUCUGACAAGCUCGGUCGUCCCUACUUUCACGUCAGCGGCUUGAAGGCUGUCCUCGAAGAAGCAGGCUUCGAAGAUGUCACUGAGGCCUUCUUCAAAUGGCCUUCUAACCCAUGGCCCAAGGAUUCUAAGCAUAAGGAGCUGGGGCUGUGGAACAAUGAGAAUGCGCAGUUCUUCUUGGAGGCGGCGGCUAUUGCGCCUUUGACUAGAGCUUUGGGGUGGUCGAAGGAGGAGGUGACUCUUUUUGUUGCGCAGACUAGGAAGGAGGUUAACGAUAAGAGGAUUCAUGCUUACUGGCCUAUUAUUUCGGUGUAUGGACGCAAGCCGAAAGAUGCUUGA